AUGAAUAAAAUAAUUUAGAAAUUUGUUUAGUUUAAAUCGAAAUAUGGAAAAACUGGACUGGCUUUAUAUUUCGGAUUUUCAGCACUUUCGUUUGGGUCAAGCUACUAUAUGGUGAAAUAAAAUAAAGAGACACUAACAUAUUACUUGAAUAAAAUAGGACUUCAUAAUGAAAAAAUGCUAAAUUCCUCUGACAUACUAAUAGCUUAUCUAGCACAUAAAACAACAAUUCCUUUAAGAAUAGGUGCAACAGCUGCCUUAACUCCUAUUGUUAAAAAAAUGAUAUUGUGA